AUGACUACUCUUACCCAGCGCAGGUCCGGCCUGGUGCAGCGGCGCACGGAGGCCUCCCGGAAUGACAGGGAGAGAGCAGCUGAGGGGGAGGAUGAGGACAAGGGCCAUGAGGAGCAGAACGAGGACGAGAGGGCCGGGGACAAGGAGGCCAGGCUUACCCUGAUGGAGGAAGUGUUGCUGUUGGGGCUGAAGGACAGGGAGGGAUAUACAUCAUUUUGGAAUGAUUGCAUUUCUGCUGGCUUACGUGCUUGUAUGUUAAUUGAACUGGCAUUUAGGGGCAGAAUUACUCUUGAAGCUGUUGGUAUGAGACGCAAAAGUCUCCUCUCAAGAAAGGUAAUUUGUAAAUCUGACGCCCCAACGGGAGAUGUUAUGCUUGAUGAAGCCUUAAAGCAUAUAAAGGAAACCCCAGCUCCAGAGACUGUACAAAGUUGGAUUGAACUCCACAGUGGAGAGACAUGGAAUCCAUUGACGCUACACUACCAGUUAAGAAAUGUGCGUGAACGUUUAGCUAAAAACCUUGUAGAAAAGGGUGUUUUGACAACAGAAAAACAAAACUUUCUUCUCUUUGACAUGACUACACAUCCUCUCACCAAUAAUAAUAUCAAGCAGCGUCUCAUCAAGAAAGUACAGGAAGCAGUUCUUGACAAAUGGGUGAAAGAUCCUCAUCGCAUGGACAAACGUUUGCUGGCCCUUAUCUACCUAGCCCAUUCUUCCAACGUCAUUGAGAAUGCAUUUGCUCCCCUUUUGGAUGAUCAAUAUGACUUGGCUAUGAAGAGAGUGCGGCAACUGCUUGAUCUAGACCCAGAAGUUGAGUGUACAAAGGCAAAUGCUAAUGAAAUCCUUUGGGCCGUGGUAGCUACCUUUACCAAGUAAAUACAGUGGACUGGAGUGCUCAUUUUAUGUAAAUCCAGUUGUUUCUGCUUGAUAUUUUUG